AUGGCUUCAAACGGCAGUUCCGAUGGCCUGAUCGUGAGUUUCGGUGAGAUGUUAAUCGAUUUUGUGCCGACGGUCUCCGGCGUGUCGUUGGCGGAGGCGCCGGGAUUCUUGAAGGCACCUGGUGGAGCUCCGGCCAACGUGGCGAUAGCGGUGGCGAGGAUAGGCGGAAAGGCCGCCUUCAUCGGAAAACUCGGUGACGAUGAGUUCGGUCACAUGCUCGCCGGUAUCCUGAAGGAAAACGGUGUCUCCGCCGAUGGCAUCCCCUUCGAUAAAGGUGCACGCACCGCCCUCGCUUUCGUCACCCUACGCGCUGAUGGAGAGCGUGAGUUCAUGUUCUAUAGGAAUCCAAGUGCUGACAUGAUGCUCACUCCCGAUGAAUUGAAUCUCGAGCUCAUUAGAUCCGCUAAAGUGUUCCAUUAUGGAUCGAUAAGCUUGAUUGUGGAGCCAUGUAGAUCAGCACAUUUGAAGGCAAUGGAGGUGGCCAAGGAUGCCGGGGCAUUGCUCUCAUACGACCCCAACCUCCGGCUGCCACUGUGGCCCUCGGCUGACGAGGCCCGAAAGCAAAUCAUGAGCAUUUGGGACAAGGCGGAUGUGAUCAAGGUCAGUGAUGUUGAACUAGAGUUCCUCACAGGGAAUAACAAUAUUGAUGAUGCUUCGGCAAUGUCCUUAUGGCACGAUAAUUUGAAGCUUCUCUUGGUGACCCUUGGAGAAAACGGCUGCAGAUAUUACACUAAGAACUUCCACGGAUCAGUUGAUGCGUACAAUGUCAAGGCGGUGGACACAACAGGGGCUGGCGAUUCUUUUGUAGGAGCCCUUCUCUGUAAGAUUGUUAGCGAUCAUGACAUAAUCCAGGACGAGCAUAGAUUGAAGGAAGUACUUAAAUUUGCAUGUGCCUGUGGAGCAAUCACCACAACUAAAAAGGGGGCGAUCCCAGCUCUCCCAACCGAGAAAGAAGUCCUCGCCUUUCUCGAAGGGGAAGGAAAAUAG